CACGCCUGCUUACGAUUACGCGCCCAAUCCGGACAAACAAUGGAUUCUCCAAGUGACGCAAAGGAUGCAGCCCAUACACAAGCAAUUCACUGAUCUCUUGAUGACCAAGAGACUUCAGACACUUCAGAGCGUGGACGCGGCUGUCGACAGAAUUUAUCAAGAACUCAAAGACUUGGGUGAACUGGACAAUACGUAUAUCAUCUACACCUCUGACCAUGGCUAUCAUCUGGGUCAAUUUGGAUUGAUAAAAGGAAAAAGUUUUCCAUUCGAAUUCGACGUGAGGGUACCAUUCCUAAUCAGGGGACCUGGAAUCGAGCCUGGCUCUGUAGUAGACGACAUAGUCUUGAAUAUUGAUCUCGCACCGACGUUCUUGGAUAUCGCAGGCGUCGAGACGCCACCGCAAAUGGACGGCCGUUCGUUUAUGCAGUUAUUCCUGAAUAAGCACGGCCGACGCUCUAAAUUAAAAUGGCCAGACACUUUUCUCAUCGAGUCUUCCGGACGUCGCGAAACACCGGAAUCCAUCGCAGAGGCCAAAGCACGAGAGGCCAGAAAGCACAAUGCCACUGUCACAAAGUUACCGGAAGCUACGUCACUAUUCGAGGAGCCAGUCGAACCGGAAGCAGAGGUCGACGUUGAAGACGAGCGCCGAGUCGUUGAAAAUGACACAGGAAGUGACCAGGAUCUCAGCGACGACGAGGAAUUUGACGACUCGGUGGCAGAGGAAACCAAUCUUGAACCACAGCUGGAUAACAGAGUAUUGCCAGUCGGUCAAGCAGGGUUCUCGUUCACGUCGAAGCACGAACGUCUGGCCAUAGAAUGUUCACGACCAGAAGUCUUAAAGAAUUGCGUGCCUGGGCAACAGUGGCGCUGCGAGCGCGACAGCGGACGAUGGAGGCGUCAUAAAUGUCGAUACGUUCCAUCAUCUUUAACGCCGCCUUCAAAGGCUUCGAAAAAGUGCGCCUGUUUCACGCCUUAUGGUGUCGUUUAUACGAGGCUGGAGUCCAAUGAAUAUAACCAAGAAAGAUUUGGAUUUGAACGUGAGCGCCGAGCUGGAGUAUAUGGUGAAACACCUAGAUAUAUUAAUAGGCGUGGCAAGAGGGAAUUGGCUGACGAAGACAGAAUACGCGAAGAAGUCCGACAAGACUUUGAAAAGGAAUUUGAUGACUUCGAAGACAAUUACGAUGAUAAUCGUGACCGAAGAGCAAUCGAUGAGGAGGAUGACGAUGACUUCGCCGAGGAAUUGGUCUUUCUUGCGAAGGAUCUACAAGGCGAAUCUCACCAUCUUGAUGGAAACCGUUUGAAAAGAUUUGCAGAGGACCUAGAUCUUGCGACAAAUACUAUUAUCAGGAAUAACAAGACACUGUUUCUCAUGCCAAAGCAAGGCAUAGGCGCUAAAAAUAUUUAUUCUCUACAAAACUAUGCGUACAAUAAAUUUACAAAUCAUACGAAUCGAGAGUCAGAAUCGAUUUCUGUUGAAUUAGACAAAGAUUCAGACGAGAUUUAUUGGAGGGAUUAUCUAAAUAGGAUAUCAGGUUAUACGGAUGCUGACUUCGAUCCAGUUUUACAAAAAAUCGUCAAGGGAAGAUUGAACGUGGAGGACGUGAUCAGAAGGCAUCACAGAAUAGCAAAAAGAAGCGCCCCGAAAAAGGAUACCAUAGACCACGUCACAAAAAUUAUGGAGAGCAUCGAGGAGGAAUUAGAUGACCUAAAGGAAACCCAUGCUCGACAUUCACCGGAAUCGACAAAAUCAUCACCAAAGUGUUUGGUUCUGCCAAAAGGUGGUGUCAAUUGUAGUCAAGACGUAUACCAGGACCCAAACGAAUGGAGAAUAUCAAGAAGACAAAUAGAGCAGCAAAUAAAAGAAAUGCGAACGCAAUUGGAGACUCUCAAGGAAAUCCGUCGUCAUCUGAUGACGAAACGUCCUCAAAUAAUAAUCGAGAGCGGCGGAGAUAUUUUGGAUUCCGAGGAAUUGCCAAAGUCUCACAAAGUUCAGCAUCAUGGUAGCAAAAAUCAUACGAGUCGUCAUCAUCGAAAACACGAGAGGAAACAUACGAUAGAAUCACAUUUACCAACGACAUUAAAUCCGUCAAUUGAUCAAACAGAAAGCACGAAUUUCGAAGAGAUAUCCGAGGAGAAGAUUUUUGAAAAUCCAACAACAGAAACACCCUUUCCCACUGUUCCGACGAAUCCUGUCACGGACUCUUUGCACACCAGUCAACCUGUAUCUUCGAAGAAGGGUAGAAAAGGACCACGAAGACAAAGACCAAAAGAAUCUUCUUCCGGUACCAAAACGGAAAUCGAGGAGGAAAAAACGCACAGACGUAGAAAAAUUCAUCAUGGUCGCAGAAACCAUACAUUGUUGACAAACAGCGUUCACGACGAGACGACAAACGUCAAUUUGACAGAAAAUUUGGAAACUACUUCGCCACGGAAGUCCAGUACGUUAGCCCACAGACAUCACAAGAGACCCAACAUAAUAACUAUUUCUAGUAUUGAAGUAACAACCUCUGGUAAAAUUCCCAAUGAAAUUGGAGGACAUGCCUACGGUGGAGUCGAUGGUGUUUCUGAAGGAAAUGGUUCAAGUACUGGCACUAGUACUAUCAUUGCUGCUACUAUUAGUACUGCAGCCAUUAGUAGUGAUACUACUAAUGUUACUGCUGCUGCUGUUACUACCAUUACUGCUACUACUAUUACUAAUACUACUGCUAGUACUAAUACUAUUGAUACCAGUCCUGGUACCACCACUGCCGAUACUACAACUGAUACUACUAUAAGUAGUAGUACUACAAUGACAACAGUAGCUGGAAGCAGACCAACUACUGUGUCGGAUAGCAUGAAACUGCCAAAAGCACCAAGAAACAGAUCUACGAUUCUAGGACCAGCCAGAAUCGACGUGAUAAUUUCGGAAUCACCAGAUCGUCGAAAUAAACAAGGUAUAACCACGACGAGCAACAACGGGAGACUUCCCCCAAUGCUCAACAGUCCCUUUGAGGCUCGUCACAAGUGCUACUGCGAGCCGGACACGUACACGAAGAAAGACGAAAAGGAAAUUGCCAAGGAGGAACGACGAAAAUUGAAAGAGGAACGUCUUCGCAAGAAAGAAAGGAAGCUCCGUAAGAAGGCGAAACUCGAGAAGGAAUGUCUGAGCGAAAAGAUGAACUGCUUCGAGCACGACAAUGAUCACUGGCGCACAGCACCAAUGUGGAGUGCGGGGCCAUUUUGUUUUUGCAUGAACGCAAACAACAAUACUUACUCGUGCGUCAGAACAAUCAAUGCUACGCACAAUUUUCUUUAUUGUGAAUUUACCACGGGUCUAGUGACGUUUUAUAAUUUAAGAGUGGAUCCUUUCGAACAAUGGAACAGAGUCUCAUGGUUAACACCUACCGAAAAGUCAUAUCUUCACGAUCAACUGGAACAUCUGAAGGGCUGCAAAGGAACUCGUGAUUGUACAGUUGGAUCUGCCAGAGAGGCAAUUCCGCAGAUACAACAGCAUCAGCGAUAUGUCACAAAACGAAAAAACAGUAAUACCUUCGCAACGGACACUUUUGUGCCGUCGGCGUUGCAAAUAAUUCGCGAGAGCGAACUCGGCGGGGCAGCCAACAAAAGGCGCAAAAAAUUUCCAAAGCCAAAUGGUUUGAUUAAUUGUUACAGUCCAUGGAAGAGACGUAACAGAAGCUGGCAAAGCAGCUGGCGACAUCACGAGGAGGCGGUGAAUUCACGUCGUCAUCAUCAUCAUCGUCAUCAAGUUUGAAAAUGACGAAGUGUCGAACCAGCGACCACGAAGAAUGGGCUACCAAUUUAUUUGAUACUAUCCUUUAUAUCCUGCCAUUUUUUUUACUACCGAGUGACCCAUUCGAAAAUCAUCGGACGCACUGACUUUAUCUUUGUAUCUGGUUGAGGAUGCUUGGCUAAUGAUUCACUGCUUUUGCAGAAAUACAUUGAGAUCGAUGAUUAUUUUACACGUGGGACAAUUUUUAGUUUGAAAAACUGUUGUUUUGCAUGAAAUCACUUUGAGUUGGCGAUGCAAGUUAUGCCAUGCAAAAAUGAGAAAUUGAAUUACUAAUUUAAAAAAUAAUAAUUUAUUAAUAUCAGAUCCAUUGCAAAGACAUGGAUACUCAAGCUCAAAAUUGUGACACUCAGACUGCCGUGAAUUGUAUGCACCGUUUAACGAUUUUGAUAAAUUCCAGUGAACUUUUUUUUAUAGAGAGAAUGUAAAAUCAAAUUGA